GAUAUGUGUCUCUUCACACUUCCGUAAUUUUACUCUCUCAACUGAAUGUGAAUGAUAUUAGAUCGAGAUGACUGACAAUGAUAUUUAUUCUGCGUUACAGUUGUCUACUGAACCUCAAGCCCAGAAUGACUACAGACCAGAACAAAAAGUUUCUUCUUCCAGGUUCCCUCUCUCAUGCCCUGUGGCAGUAGCUUUGGGACUUCUGAAUACCAUUUUUGUGUGUUUCCUGCUUGUCCAGUGGAUUCACUGCCAGGGUUCCAAAUGUACCUCUUGUGCCAGUUGUCACAGUUGUCCAGACCUCUGGAUGAAGUAUGGUAACUACUGUUAUUACUUCUCAGUGGAGAAAAAAGACUGGAAUUCUAGUCUGGAAUUCUGCCUAGCUGAAGACUCACAUCUCCUUAUGUUCACAGACAACCAGGAAAUGAGACUGCUUCAACAUUUCCUCAAAAAGGACUUUUACUGGAUUGGUCUGAGGAACAAUUUUGGCUGGAGGUGGGAAGAUGGAUCAGCCCUAAACAUCUCAAGGAUUCUUUCAAACAGCUUGAUACAGAAGUGUGGUACCAUCAGCAAAGAUGGUCUCCAAGCCUCUAGCUGUGAAGUUCUUUUACAGUGGGUCUGUAAGAAGGUCAGACUUUGAGGGGUCAGAUCUGUCAUAUGGCUUCCUAGUAUGAAGGAGCAGGCCUCUGGGUGUUGGGAUGGACAUGAAUGUGUGAAUACUGAACCUUCUAGGACAUGGCAUGCGAUGCAAGACUCUGGACUCUCUUUGAGAACAUUUAGAUAUUAUCUUAACAAUUUAAAGAUCAGGUCUAGGAACAUUUGGGAAAUAAAAAUUUUUUGUAGUACUUCUCACUCUAGUGACUGAGGCUGCCUCCUUCAUCCCCAUUCCCACCAUCUCUGUUAAAAAAUGUACCUCUCCUCUAUGUUAUGAUCCGAACUGAUCUGAUGAAAUCCGUGCAGGUAUAUACUAUUGCUCAUGUGUUAUAGGGGUUUGGUGUGUGUUAGUGGGUUGGCAUGUUACUUAUUCCUCAUAAUAUAUUGUUAUCCUAACGGUGGCCCUUCACAGAUAAAGCUGUAUUCUAAAGGAUAAUGCAAACAGUGAGAAUGUAAGUUGUAGUAAGUGGAUGAGAACAGGGUAGUGCUUUCUGCUUCUCAGCUCUUCACUUAGAGACCUGGCCUUGGCUGAAUUUAAUUUUUCUGGGCGUGCAUAGACGUGGUUGAAUAAACUGAUAUAUGAUCAUAGCUUUUCCAUGUUGUGAAUGUGUGAUUUGCGGGUUAACUUCACAAUAGUGGUCAAUCUGAGGAAAGUUUACAAAAGCCGUUUAUGUGCUUGAUUCCCAAAUUAUUUUAGGCACGAAUGCCUCAAAAAUGAGAAAAACUCGAUUAUUUCUCUUAAGUAGGGUUUGGAGAUAGAGUAGGAGGGAGUACUGAAGGGGACCACCGUUCUGUACUGUUAUGAUCCUGGAUUAUAAUCUCUUAUCUUUCUCUCAUAGAUUUUAUUUUUUUAGGAACAUGAACUGUAUCUUAUCCACCAUUGUAUCCCUCACACCUAAAAUAGUGCUUGUAUCAGUGAAUAUUAAAUAAAUGAA